AACCGGUCCAUUUCACCCGCUCGUGGAAAUGACUUCCACCUUCUUCAACCCUGCGCCGCCAUGCAACGCCGCUGUUGUUUCUUCUUCGUUUCUCAGAUUCGGGUUCAUACCGAAAUUUCCCGCCAUCAUACCUUUAUCGUCUCUUUCGACGGUCCCGUUUCGCGCCAAAACUACCGUUAACUGUUCUCUCCCCGCCCAUGGCGAUGCUUCUGUUCAGACUGAUUUCUGCUUUCUGAAGAAGAGGGAAUUUGUCUUUUCUGCCGCGCUGCCGUUUCUUCUUAUUUUGGCUGAAUCCGUGGAAGGUUUUAAAGCUGAGGCGGCAGAAAGAUUAGAUAAAAGGGAAGUUGAACGGAUAAGAGAAGAAGUAAGAAAGGUGGUAACCAAAGGCAGGGCACCUGGUCUGCUUCGUCUGGUAUUUCACGAUGCUGGAACUUUUGAAAUGAAUGAUACUUCAGGUGGUAUGAACGGAUCUAUCAUUCACGAACUUGAUAGACCUGAAAACAGAGGUCUCAAGAAAUCAGUUAAGAUUCUUGAAGAAGCAAAGAGUACACUGGAUUUAAUAAGACCAGUAUCUUGGGCAGACGUGAUAGCAGUGGCUGGCGCUGAAGCAGUUUCAGUAUGUGGAGGUCCAAGUAUUUCUGUUGAGUUGGGUAGAUUGGACUCUGAGAAGCCAGAUCCAGAAGGUAAACUUCCUGAGGAAUCUCUGGAUGCUGUUGGAUUAAAGCAAAUCUUCAGCAGAAAAGGAUUUGCGACAAGAGAACUAGUUGCCCUAUCUGGAGCCCAUACUAUUGGUGGCAAAGGUUUCGGAAGCCCAGUUGUAUUUGAUAAUGCAUAUUUCAAAAUCCUUUUGGAGAAGCCAUGGUCAUCUAACGGUGGUAUGUCCAGUAUGAUAGGGCUGCCUUCUGAUCAUGCUCUUGCUGACGAUGAUGAAUGCUUGAGCAUUUCAAGAAUGAGUUCAAUUUGUUGGACUAGAGUAGAAAAGUUCAUAUGAGAUUAACUUUCAGACCAGGCGACCACCAAGAUUUAAGAGAGAAAAUUAGCUGAUUUCGCUCUUUUAUCUUUUUAACUGAAAUGAAUUACUUCGAAUUCCUAGAUGGAUCAAAGAGUAUGCCAACGAUCAGAAUGUGUUCUUCGAAGAUUUCCAGAAUGCUUAUAUCAAGCUAGUAAAUUCUGGUGCAAAGUGGAAAAGCUAGCAAACAACUGUACGACAUGUAUACACUCUAAAGGCAAGCUUUAGCUACUACAUAUUGGCGUGGAGAUGGGUUGACUCAUAUUACUACACUUUUCGGCCUCCCAAAACCAUUGCUUACUAUGAUCCGUUGUUGGUAGGUUAAAAGAAACUGCGAGACAAAGCAAAAGUUGCAAUGAAGAUGAAAGCUUGAAAUGUAUUGUGCUUUCAUCACCGACCAAUUAGUUCGCUCUCUGAAGCCUUAUCUUUUGUUGGUCUAAAUUUGGCUUGAAGCACUUGUAUAGGCACUUGUAUCUUAUCAGGAAAACAAGAACAUAAUUACUCGCAAUUCAUCAGAGUUCCAAAUUCAGAAUAAAGGUUGUAUAUUUCAUGCAUAUGCAUAUCAAUGUUGCCUUGUCAAAACAUAAUACGUUUAUGGGAUGAGCUUGGGAGAUUCCACA